AUGGCAAACUCUGGUACAGGCCGCUCAUCCGACACAACUGCCGAAACACUGGACAAGACCGUGACGCCACCCGAUAACAAACACGAUAGCGAGAACCCAUUCAUCGCAUUUCGACGAUAUGCAGACGAACAAAUCUCAUCCAUGCUACAAGCGGUGAUGGGUCUGCCUUCGACAUCCGUACCUCCAUUCUCGGACAAGUGGCCGUAUUUCCAAAACAAAGACAACAACGGUCGAGACGCCGACCGAGAAUCCGACUAUCGCACCGACGAUCACCGGCCGUCACGUAGAUGGGGAUUUCAUCGAGACGAAGACUUUUUCGACCGCUGGCAUAAUCACCGUCACUUUUCUGAUCGUGGUUUCCACUCAUUGUUCGAUGGAUUUCCUAUGAGUCUAGGCUCAUUUCUGUUUCCGGAGAGUAUGCUAUCAAACGGAGACGCACAGACCUGGCCACUCGCCUACCUCAUAUUCAGCCCUUACUCUCCCUUAUAUUUGGAAAGAUCUCAAGGUCACGGACGCCGUCAUGAGGGAGCUUUCUCGUCAUUGUUUUCAUUGCGGAAAUCCGAAGAGUUGGAUCCCAACGAACCACGAUGGCGUGAUGCGUUUGAGGAUCUAUUGAGAGUCACCAAUGGACAAGAAAUGUUGGACCGAAACACAGAGUCUGAGCGUAGCAGACAAUCUGCUGAUAGGUGGUUAAAGGGAUUGGUACAGAGAGGUAGCCUGGGAAAUAAUUGGCGGUUGUUGGGUUCCGAAGAUUCCCAACGUGGAAUAGCUUUGGAGAGAUUCCAAGAGCCUGACCAUGAUAGACGUGGCCAAGAUCCACCGCGUCAGCUGGAAGACUCUCAUAAUGAAAGAACCGAAUCUAAUGACGCGGGAACAGAAUUGGAUCUAUAUGAACGCUUUCUCGAUGACAUUGUGAACGCUCAUGAACGGUAUUCUCGCGCUUUCGCCGACAGUCCUUUAAUGCGGCUUCUGGACGAAGAACGUAAGCGUCAUGUACAGCAGGAUAGAUCUUUCAAAGGCUCCGAAGAUGCAGUCUUGCAAAGCAAAGAUUGGCUUGAAUAUACAUCAGACGGGAAUAAAAGCCUGCUUGCUUCUCAGACUACAACAGAUGAUAACCCCACCGAAGAGUCCAGGAUCGUUUCGACCAUGACCCGUAGUGUGAGGCGCACUUUGGCGGAUGGAUCAAUCUCAACAAAGACUGUCAAAACCAAGCGGUUCGCCGAUGGUCGAGAGGAGAGCGACGAGUCGGUCGAAGUCACUCCUCCACCCCCGAGUGAGAAGCACACCGAACAGAACCGUGAUUCUGAUAAUGGCAAAGAUUCUUAUGGAGGUUGGUUUUGGACCCGUUGA